GAGGAAAUGUGAGUUCUGUGAUGGGUCGAUAUUUUAAAAUUUUACUUGUUUUGAGGAUAAAGUAAAUUGGACCGAAUACCGUCUCAUUUAGAAAUAUAUUAUAGUUUUCUUUAAGUGUUUACCUUACGAUCAGAAGUCAUGUUUCCAUUGAAAGAGAAGGACAGGAGAGUGGUCCAGGUGCUUCUCAGUGCAGGGUGCUGUCCUCGAUGUAUACUAAGAUUCUGCUGUGUUGGGAACCAGGCUACAUACAGACUUUCACGCAAGGAACUGUUCACCGAGCUCCACAUGUUCUUGAAUGAUGAUAAAAGUAAACCUGAAGCAGUGGAAUAUAAUCAACCACCUUGUAAGAAAAUCCGAUUGCAGGAUUCUGAGAAGAAUGAUGAUGAUACAGGUCACAAUGGAGCAGCCAAAUUACUGUCGAGUGAAUGUGUGCUUCCUGAUGGCUGGGUUCAAACUUGCACUGUGUGUCUAGGUAUUCUACAAGACCUAUGUGAAAGAGAUUUUGUCAAAAAGGUGUGUGGUGAAGUGGACUCUGCUGGUUAUCAUUUUAGCAGUCUUGUAUUUUCAGUUUCACUGCCACCACAGCUCUUAGUCAGAGAGCAUGCCACGUGGUUGCUGGUAAAGCAGGAAGUAGGACAACAAGGAAGCUUUUUAACAAAGGAUGAUGUUUUACAACUUAAAGAGGUCUACAAGUGGAUAACCCAUCCUCUGCUUUCUGAGGAACUGAGUGUACCUGUGGAUGGAAAGAGCUUAUUUGAAGUAAGUGUGGUCUUCGAGCACCCUGAAACAGUUGAGGAUUGCCACUUUCUGGCUACUGUAUGUCGAGACUGCUUUAGACCAACAAAAAACAAGCAGUCAGUAUUCACUAGAAUGGCAGUGGUGAAAGCUUUGGAGAAGAUAAAAGAUGAUGACUUCCUUCAGCAGUUUCCUUAUCAGCUUGAACCACCUAAAGGUUCCUGUGUUGUUCAGGAAAUUCAGUGCACUCACAAUUCAGUGUAUGUGGCAGGCAGAUAUAAUAAGUUCUCCAGGACCCUGCCACAGACUCCUUGGGUAAUAGAUGGAGAAAGAAAAUUGGAAUCUUCAGUGGAGGAACUUAUAGGGGAGCCACUGAAGAAGAUGUUUAAAGUAGAUCAUUUAAACUUUUCAUCUUCAGGAAGAGAAGAUGUUGAUGUCAGAACCUUGGGAAAUGGCAGACCCUUUGCAAUUGAGCUGCUUAACCCACGUAGAAUAUCCUUUCUUCAGCAAGAGCUAAGAGAACUUCAAGAGAAAAUUAAUAAUUCAACUGAUAAAAUCCGAGUUCGAGAUUUACAGAUAGUAACCAGGGAGGCAAUAGGACGUAUGAAGGAAGGAGAAGAAGAGAAGACAAAGUCAUACAGUGCCCUAAUAUGGACAGAGAAAGCUAUAGGAAAAAAUGAUAUCAAUUUUCUCGAGGAAUUAAAGGACCUAAAGCUUGACCAAAGGACUCCAUUGCGAGUUCUUCACCGAAGGCCUCUAGCUGUAAGAACUCGUGUAAUACACAGCAUGAAAGUGGAGUUUAUAGAUCAGCAUCAUUUUCAUCUUUAUUUGAAGACCCAGGCUGGGACCUACGUUAAAGAGUUUGUACAUGGCGACUUUGGACGUACGAAACCAAACCUUGGCACUCUAAUGAAUAUGACCACAGAUAUUCUUGAGCUAGAUGUAGAGUCUGUAGAUGUUGACUGGCCGCCCAAAUUGGAUGAAUGAAGUGCUGGAGUUUGUGCAAAUGCUGGGUAAUUGAGCCCAGUUCUAGCUUACACCAAAAAGACUAUCAGAUAUAUCAUGGGAACUAAUGUAUGUUUUAAUAGUAAAAGAAAACAGAUGUUUGACAUUUUUUUAAGUUUAGUAUUGUUUUCAUUACCUAAUGGAUCAGUUGCGAAGUAAGCCAACAGGAACGUCUGUGGCUUAUGAGCAACAAAUUUGAAAUAAAUUAGCCUGUUUUUAAAUACGUGGUUGUUUUGUACAAAGUAGACUAAUGUCCUGGUUGCACUACAGCCAGUAAUUUGGCAUUCUGGUUUACAAUAAUUGUUCUUCUGAAGUUUUUGAACCUGUGAAUAUGUUGUUAAACUGCCUCUUACAAUUAUAUGUACCACCAAAAAAGAACUUGCUUUCAAGAUAAAUUUUUAAUUCUGAUCCACAUCAACUUGGUUUGCAAUAUUUUAAACGUCUUGUGGUGAGUCAGUUACUUAAAUUAUAUAGUAAUCAGGUAAAUAGUGUCUUCUAAUCUUGUUAGAACAACUCAGAACAUAUCAUGCAGCAAAUUAUUUGAAAUUUAGUAUUAUGUGGGAAAUGCAACAGCCAUUUUGUACCAGCAGCAUCUCUCACACGAGUGAGAUGAAUCAUCUGUUUUUAGGUGAUGCAGGUUGGGAGAGAAAUGUUGGCUGGGACACCUGCAGAACAUCCAUCUCUAAAUAGUGGCGUGUCCAUCUCAAACAGAGACUAUGAUUUAAGUUUAGUGUCAUUUAUUUGGGGAGCAAUGCAUUACAGACAAAGCAGUUAUUUUGUUUCUGUCCUAUAAUGUCUUGAUCUCAUUUUGUAUAUAUCUCCUGUCUCUACUGUGUGUCAAUGAAGACUUCAGGAUUAAUAUUCUGUGCCGUGAAUUAACGACUUCCUGUACAGUGAUUUACAGUGGAAGAAUUCAGUUCAGCUCAGCAGAAAGUAAGCUAAAUCCACAGUGGAUUUGUAACCUAGCUAUGCUCUGUUACUGAAUUAAACUGUUUGAUUUUUAAAAAA